AUGGCGAAAAUCGUGAGCUCCAGCCAGAUAGCUGCGAUACACAGAGACAGUUCCAAUCUCGAGAGGAUUCAGAAGCCGCCGAAUGCACCACCAGACACACAAUGGAUCGGUGGAUACAAAGUUGGUGUCGGAGGCAAUGGCGUUGCGACUAUGUGGGUGUUGAUAGACAAGUCCACCCAUAGAGCCAUCCAUCACGUUGUCAUCAAAGACUCCUUCGAAAGAGCGUCCGAGUCGACCAAAGAGACAGGCCUCUACAAAGGGAUCUACCGACAACUCAAGGACAAGGGCAUGGAUUUUGGUGCAGAUCCUACUCACAACAUCGGCCAUGCAGCUCCCGAGCAUCGAUUUCUCAAGGAGGCAUAUCUGCAAGGCUUGAUGACAGUUCCCGAAUCAAGCGAGGAAAUAUACUGUAACCCGCUCUGGGGUUAUGCACGAAGGCUAUUAGGCAAUCCUUACUCAUCGGCGCAUAAUCACUGGCGUUUGUACAUGCCUCUUCACGAUUAUGGGGAUCUAGACAACCUCAUCAAGUCUCAUUACUUUGCGAAGAAGGCCAUACCAGAACCAUUCAUCUGGCAUACUUUUAUUUGCUUGAUGAAGGCUGCUGUUCAAUUGGAAGAACGGGCUCGGUCGCGUCCGAACAAUACGGACUCGGAUGUAAUCGUCGUGUUCGACAUGAAACCAGGAAACAUUCUUCUCGCCCCACCUGACACCACGAAAUCAUUUCCUAUUUACCCUCGACCUCACCUCGCGGAUCUUGGAGGCGGAAACCUCACCAAUAAAGACGAUUUUGAGAACAAGAUCCAUUCACAGCAUUUCGCUUACACUCCUGGCUAUAUGGCUCCGGAGAUGGUAAAGCCUAGUGCCGGUAGCCAAGCACUGCUGCCAAACAGUGUGUUACGCGGUACAUGCACCAAUGUCUGGCAGAUUGGAAGAGUACUCGAGCAGAUGAUGAAGUUGCGCGGUGGUUUCCCAAACAUAGACUAUCAACCUGGGCGGAAGGAAGUAGACAUGAUUCCACAAAUAAUCGGAUGGCAAGGCGAGCUUCCUGGUCAAAACUACUCUAUGAAUCUCAGGAGGAUGGUCAAUAGGUGCUUGCAAUUUGCCCCUCACAAACGGCCGUCGCCUCAAAACUUCUUGAGCUACAUUGACAAUCCCGGACACCCGCUUUUCCAAGGCAUGGAUACGUUUGGCAGCGAUGCAUGGUUCCAAGACCAACAGCAGAAGCGUACUGCAGCAGGUCCAAAACCGAAGCCUAAGGAUCUCCACGAAGAUAUCACUGCGCGAGCUGCUGAAGAGGAAAAACACAGGCGAUUCACAAAAGCCAGACCAUAUUUACGCGCCUGGGGCCCAUCACGAGCAGCCGAAUUUCUUUUCCUUGAUGUGUUCCCACCUGAGGAGCUUGAAGUCAUGUAUACGGACGAAGCAAAUUGGUGGGCCACGGAUCCUCAGGAUCUCACUGAUGCGAAGGGCAAGCCUGUUUAUCCGCUGCCGAAGGCUACGGAGGAGAUUGACUUUGAUAUCCAGUUGGAUGACGAGUCGUCGAGUGAUCACAUCAUGUAA